CUCCGAGGCCGCUCUCCACCAAUGGCCGCGCUCCCGGAGCAGAGCCCGAGGGUUAGGUUGUGAGGCUCGGGCCGGGGGCGGGGAGGAGCCGAGGGGAUUCAGAACCAGCUCGGCCGCCGGGUGGGUCGGGGCGUUCGGCGCGCCCUUGCUUGGAGCGGCCGUGGCCGGGCUGGGCGCCGGCAGUGGGAAACGGCGGCGCGGCUGGAAAAUGCCAGUCCACUCCCGAGGGGAUAAGAAGGAGACGAACCAUCACGAUGAGAUGGAGGUGGACUACGCCGAAAACGAGGGGAGCAGCUCCGAGGACGAGGACACGGAGAGCUCGUCGGUCUCCGAGGAUGGCGACAGCUCAGAAAUGGAUGAUGAAGAUUGUGAAAGAAGAAGGAUGGAAUGUUUGGAUGAAAUGUCUAAUCUUGAGAAACAAUUUACCGAUCUCAAAGAUCAACUUUAUAAAGAACGAUUAAGUCAGGUGGAUGCAAAACUACAAGAAGUCAUAGCCGGAAAAGCACCAGAAUAUUUGGAACCACUGGCAACUCUACAAGAGAACAUGCAAAUUCGGACAAAGGUAGCAGGAAUCUAUAGAGAGCUCUGCUUAGAAUCUGUAAAGAACAAAUAUGAGUGUGAAAUACAAGCAUCUCGCCAGCAUUGUGAGAGUGAAAAGCUUUUGUUAUAUGAUACUGUCCAGAGUGAACUAGAGGAGAAGAUAAGAAGACUUGAAGAGGACAGGCACAGCAUUGAUAUUACAUCGGAGCUGUGGAAUGAUGAACUUCAGUCAAGAAAAAAGAGGAAGGAUCCAUUCAGCCCUGACAAAAAGAAGCCAGUUGUUGUUUCAGGUCCAUAUAUAGUCUAUAUGCUGCAAGAUCUUGAUAUUCUUGAAGACUGGACAACAAUUAGAAAGGCGAUGGCUACAUUGGGUCCUCACAGAGUGAAAACAGAACUUUUUGAUCUUAUCACUCCAGCACCCGUGAAACUGGAAAAGCAUUUGCACAGUGCUAGAUCUGAAGAGGGAAGAUUAUAUUAUGAUGGUGAAUGGUAUAUACGUGGACAAACAAUAUGUAUUGAUAAAAAAGAUGAAUGUCCUACAAGUGCUGUAAUUACAACAAUUAACCAUGAUGAAGUUUGGUUUAAGAGACCUGAUGGAAGCAAAUCUAAGCUUUACAUUUCACAGCUACAGAAAGGAAAAUACUCAAUUAAACAUUCGUAAUCAUGAUUUAAGUGUUAUCUAAACCUACCAACUAUGAUGUGCCAUGGGAGUAAAAAAUGUAUUCAGUAACUUAAUAUUCUCAUCAAGUCAUGAGAGACUGUGUAUUUGUAGGUAAUACUUGAGGUAGAGCUCAUAUUGGUAUGUUAUUAAAAGAUAUGGUAAUAAAAGUUUAAUCAGGAUCAUACUUUUAUUUGCCAUUAGGUUCAGUGGCAACAGAUAUAUAUGGUAGGGUUUUUUAAUUAAAUUUUUUUCUUUGUUUUUUAAAAACAUCAUGCAAGUCUUUUUUUUUUAAUCUCUAAUGAGUUAUGUUGCUAAAUGGUUACAUUGAUCAGCAAUUUUUUUGAUUUUCCAUAUCUUUGUCACUUAUCAAGUAUUUGUAAAUAAGCCUGAUAAAAUGUUUCCUAUGAAUUGUUUGUAUUAGUCCAUUAGUGUUAAAUCAGAAUUGAAAAUUAAACAUUUAUGUGAGUAUGUACAUAUGGCAUCAUCAGCUUAUUUAGAACUGAUGGCCUUAUCUUACAAUCUUGUUUUACCCCAAAUCAAGCUGUUGGAUUUGAAAGCUAAAAGGAGCACUUUUGUAGAAUAGCAGCUUUCCUUUUCCUCUUCCUUGAUUGUAUGGUGGUGACCUAUUUUUACAAAUUAUAUGUAAUGUUAAUUAGUAAAAUCAGUGUCAAGUAAUAACAUGCUUCUACAUGUAUUUCCUGUGACUUUUUUAGAGGGCAGGCAUUUAAGCCUGGUAUUUAUGAUGCAGUAAGUGGUGAACAGUGACUGACAGUAUUGUGGUGCUUGCUCUACAUGUCUGAAUUUUUUUUUUUAUUGAAGCAGAUUUUUAAUAAGCAUUUCCAGAGGUAAAACUAGGUUCUUAAUUCUAAUUUUAUUCCCAGGGAAAAAUAAGAAGGAAUAAUUUCCUUGAGUAUACCCCCAAAUUAAUUAAAAAAAAAAAUCCUUGGCAUUUUUACACUUUAAGGCCUCUUGGUGCAAUUUUGAAAGUUUUGGGUUUUCUUCCCUAGCUACAUUCAGAAUUAAUUUCUAAACCCUCAGGAACAGUACAAAGAAUUGAAACCCUCAAUAUGGCAGCAAUUGGCUGUCAUAUAUAUUAGGGUAUAACCAAAUCAAGUAUUCCUGGUGGUGUUUGUGCACUUUAGUUUCUGUUGAAAUGAGACUUAAAGAAUGAGAUCUACUUAUUAACACACAGGGCAGGACUAUUUGCAUUAUUCCGUUUAUUUUCUUACUAUUUUACCUCUGCAAAUACCUUCUGUGCAGAUCACUACUUCAUAGUUGCCAAAUGUUAAAAAUGUUUGACUUAUGAAAUUCAUUUAUCAGCAAAGUUAAAUACUUUGUUCUGUUUCUGAUUAUAAAUUCAGCAAAUGUAUAUAAUGUCAUGAUUGGAUAGUAUUUGACAGACUUAUGUAUACAAUGUUUCAUAAGCAUUUUUAAUAAGAUUUGUAUUUUUAAAUUUAGUAUAUAAUAAAAAUGUGUUUCCGUGUCA